AUGGAGGUGCUGGUAGCAGCUUGGUCCCUUCUCCUAGUGCAGCCCUUCCUUUGGAAUGGAAUGAUUGCAGGACAGGGCUAUCUGGAUGGGGAGCAGCAUCGUCCCCUGUGGAUACUGGACGACAGUCUGACCAAGCGGCAGCGACAGGAUAGACCCGAGGCAGACUAUGCCACCACCACAAGGUCACCUCCAUUUAUGCGGAGGCAGGCCCGGGGAGGUCAGGAGCCGGGACCCAUUACCUUCCUGGUAAGACAUGAAGAGGGGAACAUAGAAAGGGAACCUCUGCCGGCGGCUCGUAGGCGUAUGCCCUCCCUGCCCCAGCGACGCUUCAUGAUGCCACAUCGUCUGCAGUUGCCCCACCAGUAUGUACAGCCCAGCCACAGGAUCAGGAGCAGUAGCAAUAGCAGGAGCAGCCACCGCCGGACGGGAGGUCGUCACUUGCCCGUUUUUGACAAUGCUCCCGGCGAGAACACCCUGCAAAGUGGACAAAGAGACAACUACCCCAUCUUUGUAUACAAUGGAACGAGAGGUGAACUCAUUCUGAACACCAUGCUGAGCAGACGACGAUAUCCCAUGCAGGAACCAGUGCCGGGACAGGUGUUAUAUCCCCCGACGCCCAUGUUCCGGCCCAAGCCCAUUGUGGAGCGCUUCCGGUUGCCAGGACAGCGGGAGAUGCUCAAUCUCACACUGAUACCCUUCUAUGCCCACGAGGCCAUCUCGAAUCCAAGCAGCGUCGCCACCCAGGCACCCAGCACCACUCAGGCCUCGCCCACGCCACCACCUUCCCCACCGUAUGAGACACAGCUGCCCAGGAGCCAGGAGCCAUUGGGCAAGCGGAAACGGAAGAAGGCCAAGCAAUACGAGGCAUUCCACUCGCCCCAAGAGGUGAUGCAGUGGCAGUCGGUGCUCCGACGUCAUACCCACGAGCAAGAUCGUGACAAUCACCGGCAUUACUCCAGCGAGGAGAGGCAGCCCCAUCAGGAACAGGAACACGAGGAGCUCCUGCUAAAUGAGGAAGACGAGCACGAGGAACAUGAGGAUGAGGAGGCAUUGGUAACUGACCAAGACUGGGUCACGGAGCAGGAAACUGAAACGGAAGUGGAACUGCCACCGGAACCGGAGCCAGAGACCACAUCCAUCUCCCCCAGCAGUGUUCCCUUUCAGAUUGUCUAUUUGGAUGACAGCCUGGAACGACCUGUGACCAGUAGCAGUAGCACCAUCACUACCAUCACCACCACUGAUCCUCCGCCCACGCUCCGUCAGAGCUCUCGCUAUGCCCUCAAGCAGGAAUAUUAUGCCUUUCCCGUCUACACCCUGGGAAAACUCCUCCAGCCGCAGGCCAAGAAAUUGCUAGAGAAAAGCGAUCGAGCGGCGAGAAGCUCCUCGGAGAGGGGACCCAACACCUGGUUCAUCCUCAAUUCACGCUACAAGGGACCCCUCCACCAUAGGGCAUCCGUGGGAUCGGACAACCAGACCAAGUACUACACCUCCAAGUACAUGGAGAGUAGUGGCUUCAGACCCAGGAGAUAG